AUGGAGAUGCCCUUGAAAGCCCUACUAAAGCACACAAGAAAUAAAGAUGAAGUGAUUGGUGGUGUCCAGCGUGGCUUCACCAAGGGCAUCCAAACCUGUGUGGUGAUGGCUUCCAGAUUUCAGCACACAGUGAAUCUUCACAUUAUAAUUUUCCUACAGAUAGUUCAUUUGAUCAAAGGUCAGUUAAGAAUUAUACCUCCUUACGAUCCUGUGCUUGGAGUUGUUGGAAUGGGAGUCACCCUGCCCUGCCAGCUGGAAGCCAAGACAAUCUCAGAGGGAGUACUUGUUCAGUGGACAUUAGUUGGAAAUUCUGUAGACUAUGAAGUGGCUACCUAUGAUGGAAAAAAUGCACAGAAUCCAGUAAAGGAGAAUAAGGCAUACCUGGGCCGUACAAAUUUUUUUCUGAGUGAAGUUACUAAGGGGAACUUAUCCCUUCACCUGAAAAAUGUCAUGGUCUCUGAUAAAGGGAAAUACAUCUGCAGUGUCUUUUUGGAGAAUCAGUACAAUGAAGUGGUGGUUGACCUGAAUGUGGCAGCUCAAGGCAAGGACUCUGCAGUUCAUAUGGAUGGCCAUGUGGAUCAGGGCAUUGGCGUCACCUGCAAGUCCCAGGGAUGGUUUCCACAGCCUGAGGUAAUUUGGCUGGACAGCAAAGGACAGAUACGGAAGGAGAAAGUGGUCACACAAAGACUGCAGACUUCUUCAGGCCUUUUUGAUGUUGUCAGUUCCAUGGCCCUAGAACCAGGAACUGACAUGGAAGUCUCCUGCAGAAUAGUCAAUGAUAUCCUCAACACAGCAUGUGAAUCACGAGUCCUGGUUUCAGAGGUCUUCUUUCCAUCCACUUCACCUUGGAUGACCGCAUUCCUUGUAAUUACGUUUUGUGCUGUGGCUGUUAUCGCUGCUGCAGGCUACAAGCUGAAGAUUCAUUAUACAAGAAAACAAGAAGAAGAAACAACGAUGGACGAGCUCAAAAAGAACAAAGAGGAUUUGGAGAAAGACUUAGACUCAGAGAAGAGGACAUGUGAUGCAGGAUACUCUGGAAUGAAACAGUGGCUUGACAUACUAGAAUGUGAAUUGGAUUUCUGGAAAGCUCAGGACAAAGCAGUUCCCUUUACUGUGAAUUCUGAAUGCCAGCUCCUCAAGAUCCAAGUGCCAGGAGCUCCAGAUGUUGAAAGCAAUGCAACUGAACCUGCUGACCUGAGCAGCCCCUCCACAAUCCCUGUCCUGGUGGCAAAGGAAGGGUUUGCAUCUGGGAAACACUGCUGGGGAGUGGAUGUGGGCCAGCAGCAGGACUGGGUGCUGGGGGUCAUGAGGCACAAAGGGAAACAAGAGGAGCAAGGGGUACUUGCAAGAGGGGACUUCUGGGCUCUGCAGAAAACCAGGGGAGAGGUUUUCUCUAUCAAAGGAAACAACAGGCCAGAGAAGAAGGAAAUGAAUGACGCAAUGAUUGGUGUGCUUCUGGAUUUGGAGGAAGCACAAGUCUACUUUUAUGAUGCAAAGAACAGAAGCAAAGCAUUGAGAAUAUCUAUAAGCCUUGGAAAGGAAUCUGCAGAAGUGUUUCACCCUUUUCUAUCGAAAGGGGAAUUGAGAUUCAUGCCUGUUUGUCAUCAAAAUAUUCCUGUUCCAUUAACGAAUCCAUAAAUUGCACAGAGAACUG